UUAGCCACAGGAAGAAGGCUUGUUUACAUGGCUGGGAUGUCCUGUUCCACGCAACGCUAACCUAGCUUAGGGAAGUCAAGUGAAAUGAUUUUCAUGAGUUUUGGAAGAUAAUUUGGUUUUUAAGACUGGGUUGUUGCCUCAGUGAAACAUUAACUUGCCUAUAAGUUCCUAAGAGACGAAACCUGUUACUGAGAGUGUAAAUGGCGUCGACAAAUGAUCCAUUUCAAUUUCAGGAAUUUGAAGAAGCCGGCAAUCUGUUGGAAGCCAACAGAUAUGCAACCACUAUUAGUAUUGAAGAUGAAGAUGUCAAGCCAGAGAAGCAGAGAAAAGCUGCUGGUUUCACUCCUGAUGGUGGUGACGAGGACCCACUUGCCAGUGAUGACAAGACAGAGCUUCUCUCUGGGCAAAAGAAAAGUGUCCCUUUCUGGACGUUUGAGUACUACCAAAGAUUUUUUGACAUCGAGACCCAUCAUGUGAAGGAAAGGAUCAUUGGAUCAGUGGUGCCGUGGCCUGGAAAGAACUUUAUUCACGUCUACCUUCGUGGAAAUCCUGAUCUUUAUGGACCCUUUUGGAUUUGUACCACUCUUGUGUUUGCCCUUGCCAUCUGUGGAAACAUAUCAAACUUUCUGGUGCACUUAGGUGACCCGGAUUAUAAGUACACCCCAGAGUUUCAAAAGGUGACCAUAGCUGCAACAGCGAUCUUCAGCUAUGCGUGGUUGGUGCCCCUUGCCCUCUGGGGUUUCCUGCUGUGGAGAAACAACAAGAUCAUGAACUUAGUGUCAUACUCUUUUAUGGAGAUCGUCUGUGUGUAUGGCUAUUCUCUUGCAAUUUACAUUCCAGCAGAGGUCGUGGGGAUCCUCCCAUAUGAAUGGCUGAGGUGGUGCUCCAUCGUGGUGGCUCUGUGCCUCUCCGGCUCAGUGCUGGUGAUGACUUUCUGGCCUGCAGUCAGGGAUGACCACCCCAAAGUUAUCAUAACAAUCAUGUCUGCCAUUGUUGUGCUCAACGUUCUGCUUGCUGUUGGUUGUAAGGCCUAUUUCUUUAGUAAACCACAACCAGUAUUACAAGUUGACAACAGUGCUGCAACAGAUGUAACCAAGGCUCCGUCUUCGACUUGAAAGCCUUUCAUUUUCUGAAGGUUCUCCUGUUGCCUUGUUAAAGAGAAUCGGGUUGCUGUGCUGAUGAAGUAAUGGGUCGUCUGGAUUUCACCUGCAUUCUGACAUUCUGGCUUAAGACCUUAAAACCCAGUGUGUAUGCUUGGUUCACCUGCGUGACCUCUGAAAACAAACACUGGUACCAAUUGUACCAAAAUGUUAUUUCUAUUGGGAUGGGUGUUGUGUCACACAGCACAUAAGAUCUCUUUUAGUAUGGCAGUUCUCUGCUUUAUAGCUCUUGGGAAGUGGCUAGUUUACUUACUGAACAGCACAACAAUUAUAGGUGUUGGUGAGAUAUUCAAGGUUUGGACUUAUGUACAAAUAUAGUUAUUGUAUUUUCCUCCAACUGAUAUAACCGCAAGUGCCCUCAACUAAUGCCAAAGACUCAUUCUAAAUGUCAAAGGUAUUUACAACUUCUGUAACACAUUUUUUUUAUUAAUUUGUUUUUAUUGUGAUAAAUUACAUUUGGUAAAAUGUAUGAAAUUGGCCGUUCUCUAAGUGUUUCAUGGGAAAAAAAUAAAACAUCUUUGUGGGA